AACUUGAUGGCUUCUACAGGGAGCCAGGCCUCUGAUACAGACAACAUUUUUGGAUUCUUCAGUGAUGGCCACCCCCCCGCCAAAAAGCCCAGGAAGCUGCUUCCAAGCUUAAAAAGUAAGAAGCCUCAGGAGCUCGUGCUGGUGAUUGGGACAGGCAUAAGUGCCGCGGUGGCCCCUCAGGUUCCAGCCCUGAAGUCCUGGAAGGGCUUAAUUCAGGCCUUACUGGAUGCUGCCAUUGAUUUUGAUCUUCUAGAAGAUGAGGAGAGCAAAAAAUUUCAGAAAUGUCUCCACGAAGACAAGAAUCUUGUUCAUGUUGCCCACGACCUUAUUCAGAAGCUGUCUCCUCGUACUAGUAAUGUUCGAUCCACGUUUUUUAAGGACUGUUUAUAUGAAGUAUUUGAUAACUUGGAGUCAAAGAUUGAAGACUCUGGAAAACAGCUGCUUCAGUCAGUUCUCCAACUGAUGGAAAAUGGAGCCUUGGUACUGACUACGAAUUUUGACAAUCUCCUGGAGCUGUACGCAGCCGAUCAGGGGAAACAGCUGGAAUCCCUUGACCUUACUGACGAAAAAAAGGUCCUGGAGUGGGCGCAGGAGAAGCGGAAGCUGAGCGUGUUACACAUCCACGGGGUCUACACCAACCCCAGUGGCAUCGUCCUCCAUCCCGCUGGGUAUCAGAACGUGCUCAGGAACGCCGAGGUCAUGAGAGAGAUUCAGAAACUCUAUGAGAACAAGUCAUUUCUCUUCCUGGGCUGCGGCCAGACCGUGGAUGACACCACUUUCCAAGCCCUGUUUCUGGAGGCCGUCAAGCAUAAAUCUGACUUGGAACAUUUCAUGCUGGUUCGGAAAGGAGAUGUAGAUGAGUUCAAGAAGCUUCGAGAAAACAUGCUGGACAAAGGGAUUAAGGUCAUCUCCUAUGGCAAUGAGUAUGCUGAUCUUCCAGAAUACUUCAAGCAGCUCACCUGCGAGAUCUCCACGAGGGGCAGAUCAGGGACGGCGAGAGAAGGUCAGCUAAAUGGUUCGUCCGCAGCACACGGUGAAGUAAGAGACCGUAGCACAUGAGAGGGCUCCAGAAGUCACCGCCGUUAGACCAAGCUCAGAGGCCGUCGUGGACAGUGUUUAACAGUAAACUUACAAGAACCCAGUACAGCUCCUAGAAGAAGCAAACCCCAGGAACUGAAGGCUGGGGCUGCGGACUGUAAGGGGGGAGAGGACGUUCCAACAGCCCUUCCUGCGGCCAGUUCUUGGGCUGUCUCCCCCCCGCCCAGUUCUUGGCCUCAUAUGGCCUGUUCCAGUUUGAGAAUACCGGAGUGUCAGCGGGACCCAGAUGUAGCUCCCCUCCCCACCCCCAGGCCAGCAUACUGCUCAUGUCCGCGCAGGUCAGUGUGGUGCCCACUGAGCAGGCUGUUGCUCAGCAUGAAGGACUUGGGGUAUAGCUGCCAUGGAACUCGCCGUGGCCCUUGUUGCAGUUUUGUACUUUACUUGGUUUUUCAGUGAAGCUUAAUCACUGUUUUUUAAAACAAGACUUGAAGCUCGUUUCUAGACCUUUCAGUGUACAGUAUUUUACUUACCUGAGCUGUAUUAAAAUUGUGUUCAUUUACUUCCCA